GGAACCGACGCGCCGCUCCUCGGCUGCUCUUCUUUCCACGGAGUUCACCUCGUUUCCCCCCCGGCUCUGAGCUCCGUUCUCCGGUGUGCGCUCUGACAGAGAACCGGCUCUGGGCCCCGCUUUCCGCUCCGACAGAGUCCCAGCGCCAUGUCCUCGCCCGAGGAGCUCCAGCUCAGUCCCUCGGCCGGGGCAGAGCCGCAGGACGGUGCCCUGAAGCCGUCCACAGUGAACCGUGUGCUCAUGGAGUUCCUGAUGUACCUGGGCCGGAGCGUGCUGCUCCUCUACCCCGUGUACCUGACGGGCUCCCUGGGGCUGAGCGUGAGCUGGGUGCUGCUGGUCAUGCUGCUUCUCACCUGGUGGAGCAAGAACCGCGAGUGGAAAGAGGCGCGCAUCGACUCCGCGCUCGAGCUACUGGACAACGAGACCCGAGUGAUCCACGCGGAGCUCCAGAGCACCCUGCAGCACGCGUCCUGGGUUCAUUUUCCUGAGGUGGAGAAAGUGGACUGGGUCAAUAAGGUUCUGGAACAGGCUUGGCCCUUUUUUGGAAUGUUUAUGGAGAAAUUAUUAAGAACCAACAUUCAGCCUGCUGUCCGACAGUCCAACCCCGCUCUGAAGACCUUCACCUUCACCAAGGUGCACUUUGGACACGUGCCCCUGAGGAUCACUGGGAUGAAGGCUUACACACAUGAGGUGGAUCAGAGAGAGGUGAUUCUGGAUCUUAAUAUCAGUUGGUCUGGAGACGUGGACAUUGACGCAGAUGUGAAGCCUCCCAUCACCGCCGGAGUGAAAGGGCUCAAACCACGGCGUACGGAAAAGGCACGUACUUUGCGGUGAACGCUCAGUACUCGAGUAGUGACACAUACUCCCGCCCCAACACCUCAGGUGAGAAGCUCAUGUACCUGUGCUCCGUCUUGACCGGAGACUUCACUACAGGGACCUCAACAACGAUAGACGCUCCUCUGAAGAAGGCUGGCUCCCCUGAGAAGUUCGACAGUGUGGUGGACAACAUUCAGAAUCCCUCUAUGUUCAUCAUCUUCCACGACAGCCACGCCUACCCCGACUACCUCAUCACCUUCAAAUGAGUUUAGACCUGGUGGAGAUCUGAUGUAGACCUGUCUGUCCUAUCUUAGUCCUGGUUUAACAAUAGAUAGUACAUCACUGGAACUGUUAAGGCCAGUGCACACCUAACAACUAAGAGCUGUAAACACUGGGCCCUCUGCACACACUGUGGCCCCCCCUCUACACACACCAUGACCCCCCCAGCUGCAGAACAUCCAGAAUGCUGCAUCUUGGGUCCUUACUCGAACUAGGAAGUACGAGCACAUGCGUCCUGUGCUCAGGUCUCUGCACUGGCUCCUGUGGCUCAGAGAAUAGAGUUUAAAGCGUCUCUGUUUGUACAAGUGUCUCCAUGGCCGAGCACCAAAGUCCAUCUGUGACAUGUUAGUGUCAUAUGAACAUCUCACACUCUGAGGAGCUCAGGGACCGGCCUCCUGCUGGUGCCCAGAGUCAGAACUAAACAAGGGGAGUCAGAGUUUCAGGUUCAUGCAGCUAAAACCUGGAACAGUCUGAACAUGUGAGACAGACUCUUCUGUGACGCUGUUUAAAUCCAGACUCUAAACAUUUCUGUUUAAAGGUUUUCAUUCCACACUCUUCUUUUUAAUUUAUGUCUCUCUUUUUAAAUUUUAAUCUUCAUGAUUAUUUAUGUUUUGGUUUGUUUUUAUUAUGAUUUUAAUGUAUUUCUUAUUCUGUAAAGCACUUUGAAUUACUUUGUGUACAAAAUGUGCUAUACAAAUAAACUUGCCUUGCCUUGCCUACUCUAUGUGUUCUUUUCAGUGGUCACUUUUGAUGCUUAGAACAUGUUCACAAAUGUAUGUUAGCUUCAGUCAAGGUUUCGUUCUGGUUUAGUCCUGGUUUAGUUCUGGUGUAGUCCUGGUUUCGUCCUAAUUCAGUCCUGGUCCUGGUUUCGACCUGUGAUCAUCUCUCCACAGCACUGCCUGUGUUCAUAUGAAGGACUUAUUGUAAUGUUUUUGUCUUUCUUACUGAAAUGUUGUGAAUUUAAUGAUUAAUCUGCUGCUUUUAAAUACAUUAUUGUAAAAUAAAGACACUUCAUGCGUCUUUAAUUCUUGGAUAUUUUCAUUAAAGGUGCUGCACCUGA